AGCUCGGCAUUUUCUCCGGUCUGCGCGUUGACCUGCGCCUAUAUAAUAAUCGGUGUGGCCCAGAAUCUAGCGUUGCAGCCAGCCCAUCCCUGCAAUCCGAGUGAUCUGCACUCGCGAGGCCGAAGACCCGGAGAUAAAUAAUAAUUCCAUUCUUCCCCUCCUUGUCAGAUUCUUGACAUUCUCCAAAUCGUGUCUUGUGAAGUUGGCUAUUGCGUAAAGCAUGGGUUUGUUCAACAUGAACUCGGAGAAGCUUGACGUAGAGCCUAAGGGCCCUACACAAGCCUUCGAUCCUUCUUCCGAUGAUGAUCAAGAACUGCCGCGGCUCACGAACACCACCGAGCGCAAGUUGAUGGCAAAGAUUGAUUGGCACAUCUUGCCAUGCUUGUGUGUUCUGUAUCUGCUUGCCUUUUUGGACCGGGUGAACAUCAGUAAUGCCGCUAUUCUUGGACUCAAGUCUGAGCUGGGCCUGACAACCGGAACGAAAUAUAACACUGCAUUGACGAUUUUCUUCGUGCCGUAUAUUCUUCUCGAAAUCCCGUCUAAUAUCUUGCUCAAGAAGUUCAAGCCCCAUGUUUGGUUGUCGCUUUGCAUGUUUGGAUUUGGUCUCGUGAUGAUCUGCCAGGGCUUGGUAUCGAGCUGGGGUGGAUUGAUGACUACUCGAUUCUUUUUGGGAGUGUUUGAGACGGGCAUGUUCCCAGGAUGCUUCUACCUGAUGGGCAUGUGGUACAAGCGAAGUGAAGCCCAGAAACGGUUCAGUUUCUUCUUCAGCUCCACCACGCUUGCCGGUGCUUUCGGCGGCCUGUUGGCAUACGGACUGGGACAGAUGAGCGGUGUUCGUGGCUACCUGGGCUGGCGCUGGGUGUUCAUCAUCGAGGGUGUCAUUACCUGUGUGUUUUCGAUCGCUUGGUUUUUUGUGUUGCCCGACUUCCCCGAGGAUGUCAAGUGGUUGACCGAGGAAGAACGCGAGUAUGUGCGCGCGAAGCUGGCAAAGGAUGCCGGCAAGUCGGGUCACCAAGUGAAGAUGGGCUGGGCUGAGGUCUGGGGUGUCCUCAAGGAUUACAAGGUUAUUAUCGGAGGUUUCAUGUACUUUGGUCUCAUCGUCCCCGCAUACGGAUAUGCGUACUUUGCGCCCUCGAUUAUCCAAAGCUAUGGAUAUUCCCCGGUCAAAACCCAAUUGUACUCCAUCCCACCAUGGGCGGCAGCCUUUGUAUUCUCCUUGAUCAUUGCGUAUUUCUCUGAUCGCUUGAGAUUCCGGUUUGCAUUCACCGUUAUCCCCAUCUGUAUCGCCAUCGCCGGAUUUGCCAUGCUAUACAGCAUCCACGGCAAGGAGCAUCGGGCAGCCGAGUACGGCGCGUUGUUCCUGGUCACUUCUGGUGCUUACAGUGCCAUGCCUGUUAUUGUCUGUUGGUUUUCAAUGAACCUGGGUGGUCACCAUCGUCGCAGCGUGGGAUCAGCCUGGCAAAUUGGAUUCGGUAACAUUGGUGGCAUUAUCGCCACCUACUCUUUCCUGAGCAAGGAGGCGCCAUACUACAGAACCGGAUUCAGCAUCUGCAUCUCCUUCUGCUGUCUGUCUAUUCUCGCCUGUGUUGUCUAUGGUAUCGCACUGGUAUAUGAGAACCGGAAACGCCAGAACGCGCCGCUUCCAUCGUCUUCGGAGGAGGAAGAGUACCUCGGUGAUCUGGCCCCGACCUUCCGGUAUCAGCUCUAGUAGAUGUCAUUGAGUCGGAACCAAUAAUGGUCCAAGGACUUCCCACGGUCGAGGUGAACCUUCCCUCUUCAGUGGCAAGACCUGGGGUAUUAUUGCCAUCCACGAUAUCUGAGCUACGAAGCUCUCGAUCACGAAUGUUCUGAACAUACAUCCAUCAUAUAGGACCUAUUUAAUACACAAGUAUUCCUUUGCAUUGACUUGCGAUAGACCAUAUUUUUUAUUCCACAAUUCCUCUAGAUUUGACAGAGAAAACUAUCUGGCUGUGCCAUUCUUGCUCAUUC